GUCAUUGAUUGUGACAUUGAUAUUACACAAAUACAACAUAGUACAAUAUGUCCUGCGUGUCAAUUAUAACCACCGAUAAUUUAUUGUAUAAACUCCAUAAUUAAUUCCUAAAUAAUGACAAAUUAUUCUAUUAGGUCGACAUAGACUAAUUCACACCCUUAAUUAAUUGAUUAAAAUAAUAAUAAAAGAAAUUCCAAAUGAGAAGAGUCCACUCAAUUCUAGAACCCCAUAAUCACACCCACCUCACACAUAGGGUUGGCUCAAUGACCCACCACAUAUUCAAGUCUUGACAUUACAAAAAAACAGGGACCUUUAUCAACUUUUUCUCUCUAUAUAUCAAUUGCACCCAAACAAAGCCCAUGACGCAUACAUACCUUUCUUGAGAGAAAAAUAUACCCCAACUACAAUGGUACAACAAUAUAAACUUCCCAACACUUUAUCAUAUGUUUUAAAACAAACAUGUCAUCUUCAACCUUCCCCGGCAUCUACAAGUACUUCACGGAGAGGAAGAAACACGGCGAGGACGUCGACGAAUUGGCGACAGUGAAGGCAGCUGCAUGGGCAUGGUAUCAACGUGGUUCAGGAUCCGAGCUCAGACCGAUGCGCGAAUUCGAUCUUACGAAGAUUCACAGAGCUCCACAGCCAACGCGGUACAAGCUAGAAGCUAUGAAAACCAAUGAAGAAGAAUUGGUCACGGAAGGGUCACGGUCAAUGGGUCCGAAAUUAAGUCCUAGCCAAACGGACAAUUCUCUUCUCGACACAUAUGAAAUCCAGAGAAUUUCGAAGCAGCUGGACUUUUACAUAGAGUCUAGUAGGUUUGUUGGCCGCGAUAAGGGCGAUCACCGGAGGAUUGGGUCGUUGUUGUCUUCGUCGGAAAGCGACACCAAUGGAGUGAGGAGCAAGAACAAGAGCAAGAAGGGCAAAGGGUUUUGGCAAAGGAAUACAGUGAUGUGUGGGGGUUCGAAGGAUGAUGUGGUGGAGAUGAGAGGUUUUAGUGGCGGAAGGCGGCGGCCGGAAAAGGGUGUGGCGGUGGUUGGGAUGGCCAACUGCAGGACACGGGCCACCCAUGCCUAGUGAAUGGGAGCAUGGUGGGUGGUAAGUAGGCAUCAUAUUAAAUUUGUCCAUAUGGUAAUAGUUUAAAAUGGUGGCACAAUUAGGCCUCUUCAUCAAUCUAUUGUUGCCAGAUCAUGUCACCAUUUAUAAUUUGAUUGAGGCCCAUGUUUUAAUGGGCCCGGGUUGGUGAAAUAAAAGAGAAGAGAAAAAGUUUGAUUGGUUGAGUAUGGUGUUUUCUAUUUUUAUUUUUUUGAUUUUUUUUUUU